AAGAAGCAGGCGCUGAAGGGUAUACACUUGGUACGUUCCAACAGGAAGUGAGGUGUCUCCUCAGCGUCGGGAUUUCCGGUUUGGAGAAGGAGAGAGGAGUUGCUGACGGAGAAGGAGGGCGCGCAAGGCCCGGCCGGCCGGGAUUCGGGCUGCUGGACGUGGGACCAGGGAGAUGUUACGAACCGCCAUCAUGAUGGCUGCCAGCCUGGCCCUGACUUCCGCCGUGGUGGCCCACGCCUAUUACCUCAAGCACCAGUUUUACCCCACCGUCGUGUACCUGACCAAGUCCAGCCCCAGCAUGGCGGUGUUAUACAUUCAAGCUUUUGUCCUGGUAUUCCUGUUGGGGAAAUUCAUGGGCAAGGUGUUUUUUGGACAGCUCCGAGCAGCAGAAAUGGAGCACCUGCUUGAGCGGUCGUGGUAUGCCGUGACCGAGACCUGCCUUGCCUUCACCGUCUUCAGGGACGACUUCAGUCCUCGCUUUGUGGCCCUCUUCACCCUCCUCCUCUUCCUCAAGUGCUUCCACUGGCUGGCUGAGGAUCGGGUGGACUUUAUGGAGAGAAGUCCUAACAUUUCGUGGCUCUUUCACUUCCGCAUUGUUUCUUUAAUGGUGCUCCUGGGCAUCCUGGAUUUCCUGUUUGUCAGCCAUGCGUACCACAGCAUCCUCACGCGGGGAGCCUCAGUCCAGCUGGUCUUUGGGUUUGAGUAUGCCAUUCUGAUGACCAUGGUGCUCACCAUUUUCAUCAAGUACAUCCUGCACUCCAUCGACCUCCAGAGCGAGAACCCCUGGGACAACAAGGCUGUCUAUAUGCUGUACACGGAGCUCUUCACAGGCUUCAUCAAGGUCCUCUUGUACGUGGCCUUCAUGACCAUCAUGAUCAAAGUGCACACCUUCCCGCUCUUUGCCAUCCGGCCCAUGUACCUCGCAAUGCGGCAAUUCAAGAAAGCCGUGACGGAUGCCAUCAUGUCGCGCCGCGCCAUCCGCAACAUGAACACCUUGUACCCGGAUGCCACCCCGGAAGAGCUGCAAGCCAUGGACAACGUGUGCAUCAUUUGCCGAGAGGAGAUGGUGACGGGCGCAAAACGCCUGCCUUGCAACCACAUCUUUCACACCAGCUGCCUGCGGUCGUGGUUCCAGCGCCAGCAGACCUGCCCCACUUGCCGGAUGGACGUCCUCCGCGCCUCCCUCCCCACCCAGUCCCAGGCUCCCCCCGAACAGCAGGACGGAGGGCAGCAGCCGCAGCCGCCCCACCAGACCCCACUCAUCCCCCAGCCCCCAAACUUUCCCCAAGGCCUCCUGCCCCCUUUUCCUCCCGGGAUGUUCCCCCUGUGGCCUCCCAUGGCUCCAUUCCCUCCCGUGCCCGGCGUUCAGCCACAGAACAACGCAGAAAACGCUUCGACGGCCGCUCCUUCCACAUCCGGAGCCCAAGGAGCAGGGACCUCAAGGCCCAGGAGUGAUUCAGCCUCCGCUUCCGACGCGACGGCCUCGGCUGGGACGGUGCCUGGCUUCCCCUUCCCUCCCCCUUGGAUGGGGAUGCCCUUCCCGCCUCUCUUUGGCUUCCCUCCGAUGCCGGUGCCUCCCUCCGGGUUUGCGGGGCUGACGGAAGAAGAGCUGCAAGCCAUGGAAGGCCACGAGCGGCAGCACUUGGAGGCCCGGCUCCAGUGCCUGCAGAACAUCCACACGCUCCUCGACGCAGCCAUGCUGCAGAUCAACCAGUACCUCACAGUCUUGGCAACCAUCGGGACACCUCGACCCGCACCGCCCCCCUCGACCUCCCCUCCAAAGACCCCCAGCCCCGAGCCCGGCCCCGCUGAGCCCAGCACUGUCUUCCAAUCUGAAGACGGCGCCUCUUCAUUACCAGCAGAGACAGAGGCAUCGAGCCAAGCAGGUCCCCUCUCGGAGGGCGGUGCCGAAGGUUACGCGGAGCCCUCCGAGCACAAACCGGAUGGAGAGAACUCUUUGCUGCCGGAGGAGCCGGACACGGCGGAACUGCGCCGGCGCCGGCUUCAAAAACUUGAACUGCCCUCUUCCCCUUCCCAUUGAUAGCCCUGCGGCCCCCACGGAGCAAGCCUUGCCCUUUGCCUGAUGAGUUAAACCAUUGCGGGGAAUUUUAUUUCCCUUUUCCGUAAUACAAGGAGAAGAAGAAAAGCAGCGUUCGGUGGAAGGGACGGGACAAACGAGACGAGUGUUUUGAUAUUUUUGCGCCAUCAAGUGCCAAUGUGGAUGUGAAGGCUGCGGGGGGCACAGUUUGCAGCGACAGGAGGAGGGAUGGGAUUGAGAUACAUGCCUUGGAAACUACACCAAGAUGGGGGCAACGAUCCUUUUUGUAUCUCGACCGGACAGAUGUUCACGCUCCACAAUAGGUCUUCCUCCUUCCCUUCUUGCCAUCUCGACAGCGAGGGAAUAAACAGGGUGCGAGCGGCUUCUUCUACACAGAUUCCUGUUGCUUUAGUUCUCUAGUUUUAUGGUUACAGGAUAUAUCUUUUGUUUCCUCACUUCUUUCCUGAGCAAAAGUUUGACGGGAACGGAAGGAGCUCUGUGAGUGAAUUCCCUUCCCAAGCGAGAGAGUUUGGGGUCCGGCAUAGGCUGAGCCGAAAUAAGCAAAAGGAAGUUGCAAGAGUUGGCUCUUUCUUGCGAUGGGAUCAAUGGAAAGGCUUCUGUUGUUUCAACUAGAUGAUCCGGAGCCUGUUAGUCCUCUCUCUUUAUGGAAGUGGCUUGUUUUUUUCCGGGAACGCUCCUGAAAGUAGGAAAAAGUAACAAUUGGGAAGCGUGUGGUAUGUUGUGUCCAGUUUGGCUUGUUUGAAUGGAAACGGCAUCUGGAAGUCUGUGGUAUGUUGUGACAUAUUAUGACUUAUUUGGAUGGAAACAGUAUCGGGAAGUCUGUGGAAUGUUGUGUCAAAUUUUGCUUGUUUGGAUGGAUGGAAAUAGUAUGUGGUCCAGAGUGUACUGCAUCCAUAUUUUCUUCAAUUUCAGAGGGCUGGGAUGAGAUGCAAGCUUGCUGCAAAUGCAUACUGGUACAUAAAUCCGGUUGUUUCAAACCGCAGAUAUAUAAGAGUGUCUACGAUCCAUGCAUUGCCGUUGCCCUCCGUGCUUUGCAUCGUCGGCAUUUAGCUUGAAGAAAACGUUGACUGUUUCAUCCUUGUAACUCUUUCGAAUCAAGGGAACAGCUAUUGUUGUCGAUGGCAGACCUGACAUCCUCUCCACCUCGGGUUCAUUUCUUUCUCUUCUCAUAUUUCUGUCGUUUGUCUCCUGAAAUGUUAGAAACUAAUGCGUCUUAUUUGGAGAUCUCUGCAAAGGCAGGCAGGGCGGACAUUCCUUUUUAAACUCUGCAGAUUGGAAAUGUUGGGAGUGUGUGACUUGGGUUGGUGAGGCUUCUUUCCUGAGCUGAAUUCCCAACCCCUUCUGGCAUGUUUCGCCAUCUGUUGAUACAGUAGAGGCCCACUUAUCCGACUCCUUCUCAUCCGACUCCUUCUCAUCCCACUUAUCCGACCUGAGGGAAGGGCGGGCAGGACGGCAAAGGCACAGCGGCAGCAGAAGCUUCCUCUUUCUCGAUGGCCUGAAAGAGGAGAAGGAGGAUCGCCACCCUCCCUAUUAUCCAACAGUUUUGCUUCUCCGACAUUCUCGCCCGCCCAUUUAUGUCGGAUAAGUGGGAUCCUACUGUACAACAGCUCACAACAUCCCGUCAGCCAAAUAUUUGUGAGUCUUCGGGGGAUGGCUUUGUAUUUCAUCCCAUGUUGGGAAUGGAGAGCUUCAUCCUGAAGACUGUUAUUAUUAUGAAGGGAAAUGGAAUAUAUUCAGUGCUAGAUUCAGCUAGGCCUCCCUCGUAUGAAGGGAAAUGGAAUAUAUUCAGUGCUAGAUUCAGCUAGGCCUCCCUCGUUCACGUUUUGGGAUACGCACCCAACAAUCCCAUUUAGGAGUCACUACACUUUGAGAGGGACUGAUGCUAUGUCGGGUCCAAGAUCUCCAGUACUACUUUCAGGAUUCCUUUCUGUAGAGUAUGGAAUGCCUCCGUACAAAUUUAUGCAGCCGAUUGCUAAGUCUGUAGUUGAGGAAUGGGAGGGGAACCUAUGGGCCUUUGAAUAUUUAGAACAUCCAUGUUUCAUUAUAUUCAGGUACCUAUACAAUUUGAGUUCUCAAUAUCCAACAUGCCUAAAUAACCACUUUGGGUGUGCAAGGAGGCUUGGGUUUUUACUGCCUAGUUUGCUAUGGUUUCCUUUGGCAUUCUCCCAUCAGUUUUGUCAUGCUGUUAAGCAAAGCUUCUCUGUCCCAUCCCAUCUUCCGGUCUUGUCUGUUUGAACGCGGCUCGUUUGAGUAUUCGGCUAUGCCCUUUGGGCUGCGUACUACCCACUUUCAUUGCACAUGUUUCUGUGACGCAUCCUCUUUUUAAACAAUUUAUUUUCCAAUUGAGACGAAAGCAAUAGCCAGAAACUCCUUUCAGUCUGUGAGCAUCGUUGAUGCCACGGAGAGAGGCAGCAUUUAGUUCUAUACCAAACUUACCAUUUGGUUCCUGUUUCCACCCAAAGUAAACAUUGUUUUGCAGAAUUUCUCUGCAAGGAGAUCAGAACUUUGAGGAGAAGUAUCUUAACUUUUGUUCUAACCUCUAAAAGGAAAACCUUGUUGAACCUUGCUCCUUCCAAGUUGAGACGGAGCAAGGCUGUCAACCUCUAAUGUUCCUUACGGCUUAUCUGUGGAGGCGGAGGAAGUUCUGAGUAAUUAUUUAAUUGUUUGUAAAUACUGUAUAAUUUUUAAUAGCUUGGAUUGUGUAUAUACAGCAAAUUAAAAAAACACCUUGCAUUAAAGAUGGUGCUCUUUC